GUAAAGGUACCUCAUCAACGAGCUCAAAGUUUGGCAUGCUUGCCUCAAGCACGAGUGGCACCUCCCUUUUAGGACGAGUCCACCAUCAUCAUGUCUCCGUGGAGAUCGAGGCUGACUCUACGAAUAGCACAGUGAGCGGUAGCGGUUCAUCUUCUUCUUUAUGGUGUGAAUAAAUCGAGGUUUUGAUCAUGUCUACUUAAGUGUCAUUCUUUUUCCUCAUCUUUUUCCUCAUCUAAUUCUAAUGUGCUUACUUAGACCUUCACUAUCAUCAAUGUCCUCCGUCGGAUAGCGGACAACGGUAGAUCCCGUUUUUGAGAAUCACUUUGUACCUCUAAUUCCUUCCUGUGACACCAAUGAAGACGAUGUUGGUAUUGACCACGACCUGCGUGGUCAAGAAGUCCUGUCUCGUGCCAACAGUACGGACCCCUUGUCCUUUUACAGUGCUGACGGCAGCGGUAGUGGAACCGCAUCGUCGAGUAGUAGUCGCUGCUCAAGCUCCCGAGCAUCGAAUAGUAGUAGUCGGUUUUCAAGUUGCGCCAGCAGUGCAAUUCGUUCCAGUUCUUCUAGAAGUAGAGAUACAAGGACAGCAACUGCUUCUACUUCUAGUACAACUGGUGCUGGGCCAUUUAAUACUGUAGUAUUGGAUGUUCCUCCGGUUGGCAGCACAUCCCGCAGCUCCAGAGGAGCGACUAUAUUGCCUCUACACCACCACCAAGAAGGACAGCAAUUCGCUAGUUUUGCAUCUAGUAGUUGGACGUCAUG